AAUUUACCUGAGAAUCAGACACACUUUCAUCUUCCAACAGGCAGACAGCAGAGUUCUCUUUCUGUCCAGGACAGAGAGCAAGUUGCAAUGGGGGACACAGAGAAAGGGAAGAAGGCUUUUGUCCAGAAGUGUUCCCAGUGCCACACGGUGGAUGAGGGGGGACGACAUAAGGUGGGACCUAACCUCUGGGGCCUGUUUGGCCGGAAGACAGGACAGUCACCUGGAUACUCCUACACACAGGCCAACACCAACAAGGGUAUAGUCUGGGAGGAGAAGACACUAAUGGUCUAUCUAGAGAACCCUAAGAAGUACAUCCCAGGUACCAAGAUUAUCUUUUCUGGUAUCAAGAAGAAGAAAGAGAGAGAGGACCUGAUAGCCUAUUUAAAGGAUGCCACUUCGUAGACAGACACACAACAUGCACACACACCAUAUCAUACUGUACACACACACACACACACACACACACACACACACACACACACACACACACACACACACACACACACACACACACACACACACACACACACACACACACACACACACACACACACACACACACACACACACACACACACACACAUUUCCUUCCUAUAUAUGCACACCUCUCUAACACACACCUGUCAUUCUCUGCUAACUUACUCCCACUCCUGGUACACAUGUUCUUCUGACACACCCAAGGACACACCUCAAUACACACACAAACACACAACACACACUACUGUACACUACCACACACACUACAACACACGCUACCAUACACACUACCACACACACACUACCAUGCACUACCACACACACUACCACACACUACCAUACACACUACCACACACACUACCACACACACUACCACACACUGCCAUACACACUACCACACACGACCACACACACACGCUACCACACACACUACCAUACACACUAUCACACACAACCAUACACACCACCACACAAUACACAGGAGGUUGGUGGCACCUUUUUUAGGGAGGACGGGCUUGUUGUAAUGGCUGGAGUGGAAUAGUUGGAAUGGUGUCAAAUACAUCAAACACAUGGUUUCCAUGUGCCAUUCCAAUGUGCGUUUAAGACAUUAUUAUGAGCCUUCCUCACCUCAGCAGCCUCCUGUGAUACACUACCUUACACUACCAUAUACUAACAUGAACAAACAUACAGCAUUCAUCUUGGAGGAGGCUGAACAUACUGAGAGGAUUCUCCACUCGUAUUCAUUUGUCUUCCUGUUAAUGUUUUAUACUUGUUCUAUUGUUAAGGCAUGUGCAUAGUCACUUUGUUCUUGUUGAUGUCUCUUUUAGAAAAGGUUGUGGUCUAAGAAAGUGGUUGUGUUUCUAAUUACGGUUGAGGAAUUUUCCAGAAAACUCUGAACAAAUGAAUUAUAAAAAUAGAGCUGUUUAAAUGCAAAAGCCUGAAUCUUUCUCAGUCAUGUAGGGUUGAUCCUAACUUGAGAUAGAUGUGUAAUAUGAGCUUGUGCAUCGUACAUACAUUGAUGUGUGAAAUCUCAGCAAAACUUUUGAGUACAGGGAUCUCAAGUUAGAAUUCAAUCAAAAGUUAUGCACGCUCAAGUUUUCUGUUUUUUUGUCAUAUGUUUUUUUGUUUGUUUCACAAUAAAACAUAUUUUGCAUGUUCAAAGUGGUAGGCAUGUUGUGUAAAUCAAAUGAUACAAGCCCCCAUUUUAAUUCCAGGUUGUAUGGCAACAAAAUCGGAAAAAUGCCAAGGUGAUGAUUACUUUCGCCAGCCACUUUACAAGCGAUGUCUUUGCUGAGCAUCACGCUUCUUAAUGUAAUUAUUUGAUUUAUUUCUAUUUAAAAUGUGUCCUGAGCUGUACAUUUGUGAUUUUAUCAUAUUAUGCUUGCUGCUUUGCUCUGAAAUGUUUACUACUCUCUCAAAUGGGUUUCAUCCAUAAAGGCCGUCAAUUUUUA